AUGGAGGGGCGGAGGUCUUGGGAUGGAGUGCCGUUGGGCGAGUCACAUUCACCACCACAGUCGGUACCGGGGCGUAGGACCCCAUUGGGAGCCGUCGGCCUCGGUGGCUUCUACAUGCAAGGUGGCCAGCCUCCGCCACCCCCACAACACUGCUACCCGACAGACGAAAACCAGCCAGAACCAGGCACCAGCUAUGCACAGAGACCAAUCAACGAGGCGAAAUCUAAACAGAAGAUGCGGCAGGGAAAGAAUGUCCGCUUAAACAUCAAUGCACGAGAACGACGCCGCAUGCACGAUCUUAACGAUGCUUUGGACGAGUUGCGAGGAGUGAUCCCGUAUGCUCACUCGCCGUCUGUUCGUAAGCUUUCCAAGAUCGCAACGCUGUUACUUGCCAAGAACUACAUCUUGAUGCAGGCGAGCGCGUUGGAGGAACUGCGCAGACUAGUAGCCUACUUACAAAGUACAGCAACAGCAGCAGGCAUCGUGCCUCCACCAGGUUUUGAUUUAACCGGAUUCCCCGCAGCAGCGAAACUUUUACAAGGCCCCAUUCCAGGCCCACUUCCACCGCCCGAGCCGCCAUCUUGA